UCUGUAUACACCGGAAGUAUAACUUUGACCUGACCGGAAACCGUACUGUAAAGAUGGCAGCUACCAUGGCUAAAAAAGUGCACGUGGAAAUUGAAGCAUCUGACUCUGAGCCUGAUAAAAAUAUAGAAGAAUCAAGCUCUUCAGAUGAAGAAAAAGACACAUCUACAGAUGAUGAGCAAGAAGAGCAAGUUGAAACAGUUGAAAGUCAAUCUAGUGGAAAGACAGGCCUGGCAGAUGUUUUAGCUAAAAUAUUGCACAAGAAUGUUCCAUCUCAUAAACAGGUGAUCCUUUCGAAAGGAAAGACAGACAAAGAAAUAAGAAAACGAAAAUUGGAGAGAGAAGAAGAGGAAGCAGAUAAUAAAUCAGCAAAACUUAAAACUGAAUCCAAAGAAACCCAACUUCAGUUAGCCAAAGAAGAAAGGGCAAAGUUAUGGGAGAAUAUGUGCAGAAGUAAACCAGAUCCACUUCAAAGAGACAAGGAAAGACAGUUACAAAAAAUAGCUACCAGGGGUGUUGUGCAAUUGUUUAAUGCUGUGAGGAAACAACAGAAGAUAGUAGAGGAUGAGAUUCAGCAAGUUGGUAUGUCAGAGAGAAAGAAGGACAAGAUAAUGGAAGGAAUGACAAAAGAUAAAUUCCUUACUUUACUAAAGGGAACCAGUAAAACCAAUGUUAAAGCUGAAAAGAUGAAAGACUGGGACAAGGAAGAAAGUGAUGAUGAUGAUUUUGAUGCCCAGCAGCAACGAUGA